AUGGUGAAUAUAAUGGAAAGACGUCCUCGUAAAGCAAAAUCAAGGUCGCCAGCUGCAAGAAGCCCUAGUCCUCACAAGAAGACUACUGAACCCACACCAUUGGAGCUGGACCGUUACAUACCGUGGAUGUUUGCCAAAUUGCAGUCGGAACUAACCGUGGUGGUUAGAAGAGUGCAGCAAGAGGAACAUCCUCGCGGUCGGAACAGAUUAUUGAGUACUAGUUCGCGCGUUUCACGAGUGUCCACCGUGUCUGUUCGCCGGACCGAAUCCUAUCCCACGCUGCUAAAAACGGUACCUACAAACACAUCCCUCGUUACCGUAGAAAACGCCAUACCAUUGACGAUAGUUUACAGCCGAGCCGGCCAUGCCAUAGAAAUUGCUAUUAACGCCAGUACAUUUCCGAUAAACCGACAGCUUACUAAUGUCAUCUCACUCUUACUUCCCUAUCAUACCCGGCUCAAUAAAUUUACCUGCCAAGGAAAAGGUGUACACUCCAGCGACAUUGCUGAAAUAGUGAAAAUGUUGCAAUUUUCAAAUUUAACCGACAUAUGCCUUGAUAAUACUUUUGUGCCGCAAGGGACUUACUAUGUCCUAUUAGACCAAGCAUCGUCGCUAAAAUGUCUUUCUCUAAGUAAGUGUAAAAUCAAUGAUACCGUGUGCAAGAUAAUGGCUGAACGCCUGCAGUGCAAUGGUCCCGCAUCUAGAAAUCUCCGUAUGCUCAACUUGUCUUGCAAUUUAAUAACCGAUGUAGGCGCUCAGGCGUUAGGAAAUUCACUGAGGACCAAUCGUCACAUUAUGCAUUUGAAUUUAUGUGGCAAUGGUAUUACAAAUGUGGGUGCUGGAUAUCUUUUGGAACCUUUAUCAGAAUUCCCUUUUACUGCAGAUGAAAUUAAGGAAAGAAUUCGCAGGAGGAGAGAUUUUUACAAUAGGAAAGCAGAUAUACCAAAAUCCCCAACAAGUACUAAUACUAAUUUGAGCACUGAUAAUGGAAAGGAUAACAAAGCCAAACCUUUUCUGAAAAAUUCUUCAAUUAAUUCAAAGAUAAAUGUGAAUUUAAUUGAUGAAAAAGUGGUGGUAGAUGAUUUUUCUGAUCCUUCGAAUACAAUAUUUAAAAACGGCUGUUCCUAUUCUAUUGGGAACUUGAUCUUGUGCUCGCUGAAUCUUGGAUACAAUUGUUUGGAUUACACAGUUUUGUCAAAAAUUAUCGAUGUCUUAAUAUAUCAAAAGGAUCAAGCAAGAGCUCUGACACGCACGGGUUUGCUGAGGAUUGUUCUAGAAGGAAACAAUUUGCCUGUUAGCUGCGAGGAAUAUAGCAAGAUUGAGAUGUAUCUGGCUAUGCUUAAUAAUGAGGCUUUGGCUUUCAAAAAGAAACGAAAAUCCUCAUCAAAAUCACGACGAGAGUCAAGUUUUAGAAAUGCUACGACCUCUAGUGUAGUUCUGCCCUAAUACGUACUUAUACGUACUUUAAAUAUUACUUGAUAUAGUUCUGAAUGUAAACUUAAUAGGAUUUAUUGUAGUGUUUACUAUCCUAGCUUAAAUAUUUCAAUACCCCUCAAGUAUUGUAACAACUUCUUUACCAACUUACAGUUUAUUUAAAAUAUUUGUUCGUUUAGAAAUUUUGUCUUGCUCGUUGCCUGAGAUGUAAAAAUAUGUAUACGUUGAUAUAUACCCGACCUUAAAUCAGGCCCAAUGA